AUGACUUAAUCUAUCAGAUUCCUUCGAUUGAAAACCCUAAAUUGAAAACCCAGUAUUCGCCUAUUCGGUAUUCCUUCUUCCUCCUUCAUUCUUGCUGCUUGCUGCUUGCUGGCUGCUGCUUGCCUUCUUCCUCCUUCACCAUUCACGCCGUCUUCUGUAAUUGGUCGCUAUAUUGAGAUACAUAACACCAUUUGCUCACUAUCGUAAGUUGGAGCUCUGCGAUUGACAGAAAGUGUAUGGUGAUUUUGGCGAAUUUGUGAAGUAACUUGGGAAGCAUGGCACUUACACAAACAUUCAUCGAUUGUGGCUGAAGCAAUUAACAAAACAUGUUUCUUAAAAGAGUGAAAACAUCAUCUCUAAUUUGAUAGAUAUUGGUGGAUUCUUGGCUGUUGGUUGCUAUUGAAGUUGGCCAAGUAAAUUGCUGGAGUUUUUGCACAAAACAAACUGGUGGAUGUCUAUUGUAUUGUCCUGUAUUGGAGGAUAGUUGAAAACAGAUUUCCUAUCUUCACAUAUAUUUAAAUACUAGCUUCUCACUCCUGAUGCGCAACACAUGUUUUUAUGUUUGGAAAUAUUUGACUCAUUCUAGGCAAAGGAUUUAUUGGUUGCUAAUACAUGGUUUAAGAAGAGACAUAACUAUUUGGUGACUUUUACAACUAGAGUAAAGACAAUUCAAAUUGACUACUGUUUGACAAGCAAGAUAGAUAGCAGUAUUUGCUUAAAUUGUAAGCUCAUUUCAAAAUAGUGUGUCCCACCCAACGCAAACUUUUUGUUCUGGAUGUUUACAAGAUUGAAGAAAAAGAAAGCCAAAGAGGAACAAGGGAUUAGAUUGCAGAGAAUUAAAGAGGAUACCAAUAAAGUUUUUGUUGAGUAAGUAAAAAAGCUGUUUGGGAGAUGACUUCUAACGUAGUGACUAUUUAGAAAAAAUGAAAAAUUGUAUUACUUGAAUAAUUAAGGAGAUUUUAGUAGAUAACAGUGAAGAAAAAAAAUGCUAUCUUGCAUUAGGAAAAUGCAGUAUUGAGGUAAAAUUUGCCAAGUAUAAGCAAAUUAACUUCAAGGCAAUAGUAGUAGUUCGCAAGGCAAAAGUAUGAGCUUUCAAAGGGUGUUCGCCAAAUUCAAUUCUAAAGAAGGAGAAUUGAAUGACAAAAAGGAGACAAGAAAAGACUGAAGACAUAGAUAUUGAAGAGCGUAUUAAGGAUUAAAAAAUUAGUACGAAAUGAGGACAUAAACGACCAGUGGAAAGAGUAUUUUUGACUGGUAAUUUAAAUGAGAGCAAUUAAUUUUGUUGGAGACACAAUUAUUACUCGUCAAACUUAUGCAAAGAAUCAAGAAAUCAAAGGUUGAAAGGGCUUUGAUAAAAUGAAGCUAUAAAAAGGUGGUGCAAAGUGGAAUACAUAUUGAGGUAUGGAGGGUUGAUUGAAGUAACUUGACUAACUGAUUUGUUUUACAAGAGUUGGAGGACAAGUAAGAUGUUCAAAUGUCGAAGAAGUACUCUAGUUCCUAUUUGCAAGAACACAAAAAAUGUUCAAAAUUGCUCCAACUAUCAAAGAACAAAACUUUUGAGCCAUAUACAUAUGAGAUGUACCUAUGCAUCAUAUUGGAGAAUAAAUUUGAAUUUGUGCUUAAGAAACCGACAAUGUAUGCAAUUUAUCUGAUUAGACAAUGAUGAAAUACUAUACAACUAAAAACGACUUAUACAUGAUUUUUAUUGAUUUGAAAAAGAUAAGAUACCAAGAGAAGCACUUUGGUGGGAAUAACAAACGACAUUUCUUGGAAAUACGUUAAUAUAUUGCAAGGUAUGCAUUAAGAAGUGAAAAUAAAUGUUAAGACAUGUGGUAGUGCAAUAAAGGAUUUUUCGAUUGUAAUAACUUUCAACAAGGUUUUAUUCCAAAGCCCUUAUCUUUUUACAACAAUAAAGGACAUUUCCUAUGCAUCGUGUUUUGAUCGAGAUAUACUCGGUGCAUGCUUUCUAUUGAUAGUGUUCUAGUGGAAGAGACUUGAGAGGGUAAAGCUAAGUUAGAUUGACAAAGAUAAGAGUUCGAGUCACAAAGUGCUCAGCAAAAAUGACAUAAGGAGAAUAUAGAGUUGAAAGAGAAAAAAAUUAGUCCAGUUGGAUGCUGUAAAAACUUUGGAUUCAUAUUUUAGAAUAAGGAUCCAUAAAAUUGCUAAGCAUUUUAUUCCAGAUCACGAAAUGACUUGCAAUGCGGAACUUUCUCUGAUCUUAGAAUGCAUAUGACCGUUGGUCACGAAUGGGUUCUUUGACAUCAUCGUACCUCUUGAGAUUUAGGUAUUUCUUUAUUCUGUUUUGGCAAAAGGAUCUACGAAAAUGAAUAGGUCUCAUCUACAACUGGAGAGGAGAAGAAGUGCACAUAGAAAAAUGCUUUAUUAUUCGGACACAACAAAAUCAUGGAUUCAAGUGCUACUAGAGAAGAGGAAAUAGAGAGCAUAAAGAGGUGAGGAAAGAGAUGAUGGAGGAUAUUAAAAAGUUGACCUUGCAGUGAUUAAGGGUAGCGGUUUGGGCGGCUGUGGGUUUGGUGCGUUGAUAGGAUUAGGCGUGACUAUUCCUUAAGGCAUGUGCCUUAGAUCGCCUUAUAUUAGCACCUAAACUUAUUCUCAGAAGCCCAUUUCCAUCACAUCUGACAUAUAAUUUUCGAAGACGCUGCCAAUUUAGCUGGAAAAAUGAGCGGAAGUAGCAAGAGGCGGCAUUCAAAGUGGGAUCUUAAAGAUUCUGUAGCUUUACCUACAAACUUUAAUGAUGGAGCUCAGCCACGGAGGCCUAGAGAAUCUUAUUCACCUGGUACAGUUUCAAAUAGACUUGAUAGUCGCUGCAAAGGAAGUUCGAUAACAUUAGAUAGAGAAAAAAACUCCCCAAGAAUGUCAUCAGAACUAGAUGAAUGGAGACCUCGACAUUCAAGUCGAUCUCCUAGAAAUGGUUGGAGCCAGUCACGCAGAAAUAGCAAGAGCAGGAGCCGAAGCCGAAGCCGUAGCCCAGCUCAUAAUUCUAGACGGGAACCAACUGGUACUGAUUGGACUAGAAGCAGAACUGGUGCUUCAGCACGCGUUUGUAGGGAUUUUGCUGUGGGGAGAUGCAGGAGAGGCAGUAGUUGUCAUUUUCUUCACCAAGAUAGUCAACUCUAUGACCGUAGGCGGCCCCUAGAAAGCAGUCCACCAGAGGAUUUGGUAAGUAGUCGUCGAAGGGUUGGAAGUUCAAAAUAUUCUCCUGAUGACAGUAAAGACGAUACCAGAAGCACUGAAAAAUCUGCUCAUAUCUGUAAUGACUUUUUAAAGGGAAGGUGUAGAAGAGGAGAUUCAUGCAGGUUUGUACAUCAAGAUACUGCUGUUGGUGUGUUUGAGAAAGGAUCAAUUGAAGAUGUGUACAGGAACAAGGAUCGUGACCGCCGUAGUAGGGAUAUCUAUCCUGAUCAGAACCAUAGAAGUAGGGAUCCGUACACUGAUAAUGGCCAUAGAAGUAAGGAUCCUUAUCCUGAUCAUGAACACAGACGAAGGGACCCUUAUCUUGAACGUAAACAUGAAUUUGAGCCUCCAAGGAGAGGUGAAAAUACCUGCAAAUUUUUUGCUGCUGGAAAUUGUCGAAAUGGAACUCGUUGCAAAUUUUCUCAUCAGGUGCAGAAUUCUUUUAGUCCGGAGAAGAGGUCACGAGAUGUUUGGCGUGAUACCAACCGUGAAGGUAGUCUUGGUUGGGAUGGUCCAAAAUGGAGUGACGCGACGACCAUGUCAGCUGUUCCGGCAAUGCAAUGUUGGGAAGAGGACAAAAAAGAGAAUGAAGAACUGAAUACAGUGAGGAUCCAAGGUGAUGGAAGGAGUCCAGGUCAUAAAUAUGAGGGUGACCGAGAUUGGAAUGGUCCAACUUGGAAUGAUGCUACUAAAAUGCCAGCUAUUACUGUAGUGCAGGGUUGGGGUGAGGAUAAAAAUGAGAUUACAGAAAUGUCUAAAGAUGUGACUAGAACAAGACCGGGGGAUGGUUCAACAUGGAAUGAUCCAGAUCAUAAAUAUGAGGGCGAUCGAGAUUGGAAUGGUCCAACUUGGACUGAUGCUACUACAAUGCCAGCCAUUACUGGAGUUCAGGUUUGGGGUGAGGAUAAAAAUGAGAUUACAGAAGUGUCUAAAGACAUGACUAGAACAAGACCGGGGGAUGAUUCUUGCAGCCAUGAUAUUCUUACUGUAAAACCAGCAUGGGAUACACCAGCUAGUAUAGACAAAUCUGAGAUCCUGGAUGAUGAGGAACCACUUAAAUGGAAGACAGAGCAUAAUGUCCCCGGCAUGGCUCUUUCUGCAUUAAGAGGUGUAGAAGAUUUAUCUGGUGACAUAGAAAUUUCUCCUACGGAUAUCAAGCAGCAAAAUGUCAAUUCAUCUACUUCUCAAAUGCCGUCUAUCACCAACAUAUCUUUUCCUGUUGUUCAACUAGAAUCUGCUGAAGAAGCUUCAUUUGAGAAGCAUUACACAGCUCCCUUCCUGGAACCGAAGGUAUGUAGUGAUCCCUUUGCUGGGCAGAAUUCCAGUUACAAGGACAAUAAACCUACAUUGAUUUCUGGGGAGAGGAGAAAUGUGUUUGGAGAUCACGAUGGCCCAGUUAUCACACAGAAUCAAUCAGUACAUGUCCUACAAGGGCAAAGCAUUUUCCAGCCCAGAAAUGCCGAUGCUGACCCAAUUUCGAACAUAAAUCCUCAAGCACAAAAUCAACUGCCAGUCAAUUCCCAUCCUCAAGUGUCGCAUGAUUCACCAUCUUUUCUUGAUAACAAAGUUGCUGAGUCUCGUGAUAUCAGUUUAGCUUCAUCUGCACUUGCUCCAGCUUCUGCUACUGAAUCACAACUGGCAGAACUAUCCCACCUCACUGCUUCUCUAACCCAGCUACUUGAAAACAGGCAACAGCUUUCACAGCUAUCUUCUGCUGUUACUAACCUCCCUAACAUAGCUGGACCGGUUCCUGCUGUUGCUGGUGUUAUGAUUCAGCGAAAUCAUGUUCCUGAAGUGUUAAAGCAAUAUGAUCCUGUAUGUAAUAGCAUUGAGCCGAAGAUGCCCAACAUGGGAAAUCAGCUGUUGCCUAGCGUUGAACAGAAAAGCUCUGAUGAUGAACUGCAUCAUCACGCUAACAAUGAAAUACAUCAUCACAAGAGUGGAAAUGUGAUCCAACAAGAGCAUCUUGCAUCAACUAAGGACGAGGAAAAUGGUAAGGAAUCACCUGCUGGAGGAAUUAAGGCACCAGAAAACAAACCUUCUCACGAUGCAGGUGCAGAUGAUGCUGAUGGUAAGAAAAUAAAUGAUACAAAAGGAAUUCGUUCAUUUAAAUUUGCAUUAGUGGAGAUGGUUAAGGAACUUUUGAAACCCUCGUGGAAGGAUGGUCAAGUGAGCAAAGAUGACUAUAAAACAAUCGUGAAAAAAGCGGUCGACAAAGUCACGGAGACACUAGGGCCUCAGAUUCCUCAAACAAAAGAUAAAAUUGACCUGUAUUUGUCAUGUUCAAAGCAAAAAAUCGAUAAACUUGUACAGGCCUAUGUGGAAAAAUAUCACAAGAGCUAAAGCUGACCAAUGGAGCAUUCUGAUGGAACGUGAUUUUCCUGUAUUAUACUUGUAGCUGGUUGUUUCAGAUAUUUGUACAUUCAUUUUAUGCAUUAGAUACAACCCUUUUUGUGCAUCUAAUUUUAAAGCUCAAUAGACAGUUAUAGAUAAGCUUGUAUUUUCUGUAGUAAAUUAUGAAUAUCAAAAAUUAUGUUCUGUUUGGAAUUAAUCUGAUUCUGUUUGGUUUUAAAUCAGAAACGUUUAAAAUGCUGCUGAGUUUGGUUCGGUAGCUGUGUGAUCUGUUAACAUCCAUUGUCAUUGGGCAUUGUUAUAUAUUGUCAUUCUUUUCAUUUUAUUGCCACCCCUAAUAAAAUUACG